UCUAGGGGGUGGGGCGUAUUCUCGCUAGCCCCUUCUUCCCUGAAGGGGUCGUGCGCAGCCUCUUCCGCUAAGGCGGCUGCCCAUUGGCUGGCACGCGACGGUUUCACUUCCGGGUGGAAGUCGCUGCGUGGAUGGCGGCUGCGGGCGGCUCGGGCCCGGCAGGCCCUGGGGUGCUGGGGGCGGCCGGCUGGGACGGGGACUUCCUGGCGCGGUACCGGCUGGUGUCGGCCAAGCUGCGGAAGCGGUUCCUGCGGAAGCCGAACGUGUCGGAGGCGGCGGAGCAGUUCGGGGUGCUAGCCCGGGAGCUGCGGGCCCAGGAGAGCCUUCCCUACGCCGCCUGGUGCCAGCUGGCCGUGGCCCGCUGCGCCCAGAGUCUCUUCCACGGGCCCGGCGAGGCGCAAGCCCUGACCGAGGCCGCGCGCCUCUUCCUGCGCCAGGAGCGGGAUCUGCAGCAGCGGCUGAGCCUAAGCGGCGGCUUCGCUGAGCAUCUGCAGGCCUCGCAUAGCUGCUUCGCCUUCGCCGCCCGCCUGCACCUGGAACUGGGGCAGCCGGCGCUGGCGGCAGGGCUCUGCCUGGAGCUGGGAUCGGCGUUGCGGGACAUGGAGCAGCCCGGCCAGGCCGCCCCGCACUUCCAGCGUGCUGCCGAGCUGCUGGCGGCCGCUGAGCUGCCCCUGGAGGCGCUGCGCUGCCUGGGCGAGCUGGCCUCCUGUCUGCUGCUCACCCGCGACUACGACGGGGCCCUGGCUGUGCUCACCCAGGCGCAGCUGCUGGCCCAGGCCGGGCCCAGCCCACCCAGUGGCGCCUUCCUAGAGGUGUUAGUGCGUUGCGAGGUGUCCCGGGUGCUACUGCUUCUGCUGCUCCAGCCGCCGCUACCCAAGCUGCUGCCCGAGCAUGCCCAGACCCUGGAGAAAUACUGCUGGGAGGCCUUCGAGAGUGGGGCGGGAGCUGGGCAACUCCCCCAGGCAGGGUACCUGCCCCUGGGCCUCUUCCUCCUGCUGCAGUCCACUGUCAUGGCCUGUCAGGAGAAGGACCUGGAGGCACUCAAAGUGCUGCAGGUUGAGAUCUGGCCACUGCUUAACCCCGAGCAGAACCACCUGCUCCACCUGGUGCUUCAAGAGAUGAUCAGCCCCUCUGGGCAGGGGGCCUAGUUCCCCCACUCAGACUGGCUUCAGUUGCCUGCUGCCACUUCCAUAGGGGAGUCAGUCUCCCACCAGAAAGAGAGGCCUGCCCCACCCACCUGCUGUUGCCUCAGUGGGACUCUGAGUCCCCCUCCCCCCCAACCAGCAUCACCAGGGAGAUAGGCCUUGCCCACCUUCAGCUGUCAUCUCUAUGGCAUCUCUGCACCAUCUGCCAUCUCCACAGAGACUAACUGCACCUUCACUGAUCUGUUGCUAUCUCCCUCAUAUAGCCUGAAACCCUCACCAAGCAUUACAAGAGAAAUUAACCUCAUACACCUACUGCAACCAUCCACAGGAGAGAUGAGCCCCAUCUGCUACCACGGGGAAUGGCCUUCCCCUCUGCUGCCAGCCACAGGAGUCUAAUCCCUAACCUACAUCACCACCAGCAUGACUUGUUUCAACCACCAUGGGAUUCUGUUUCCCACAGUAGCCAUAUAGAGGGUUUUUCUAUUUUGGCCCAUCACCGUUACACAGCCUUGGUUCAUCUCUCUGCUACCAUCCACAUGUAGGAAAGGACUAUGUGAGCUAGAGACUAUUUUCCCAUUGGGGACAAGGAACUUGGACAUGCCAACACUUCCUAUUUACUACCACUAGUUAUAGAGAUCUUUCCUUUUUCAGCCCCAGUGCGGCCUCUUCGCCAUUCUCCUCUCACUCACAGAUUCAAGACACCUGCUACUGCAGGAGAUGACCUGAUCCAUUAGAAACUGUAUGUAUGCUACUACAGUUUGAAGUAGUAAGAGGUGGGAUUCUUGCCAUUUUUUAUGAAGAGACUGCACAUGGUCAUUUUCCAAACAGUCCACAAAUGCCAGGAUUCAGUCUUUUACUUUAAAAUUCUCACAUUUGGAGAUGUAAUGACUAGUGCAUUUUUUCUGUAUCAGUGUAAUUCACACGUGAGCAAGCUGGUAAAAAUACCAGUUUCUGUUUAAAGUGCUAAGUUUUAAAAAAAGUAACUAAACUCAUAACUAGCUUCCAAUUUAGUUUUUAAAUGGAAAGAAAGUUUUAUUCUGUACCUUCUGCUCCAGAUUCUGUUUCAAUGUUGGCAUCUGUUGCCUAAGAAUUGUACUUUCUAACUACCUGGCUCUUGGUCCUAGCUCUUGCUCUGUUAAUAAAUGCUGUAGAUAGAACUGUCAAGACACCAAUGUAUCCUGAAGCUUGUAGUUUUUUAAGAUGUAAUUCAAUAAAUAUUGUAGACUUUUAAAACUGUUUACUACUCAAUACAGAUAUCACUAGCUACAACCUAGGCAAUAUGGGGAGUCACUGCUUCUGGCUCUUUAGCCUCACUGCCUUGUUGGUUUCAUUCAACAAGUAGGUAAAGAUGGAUGUAAUGUGUUUAAUUUUGGCAUUUGCUACAGAGACUAUAUUACUUUAUGUAUCAGACCUGUUACAGCAGUUUAAAAGGAUUGUAUUGGUGUAGGAACAUUUACCUGUAACUUUGGCCCUCAGAUAUGUUUUUGCAGCUCCUUCUAAGGUGUAUAGGAGUUGUGCAUUCAUAGUGGAGGGCAAAAUUGAGCCUUGAUGUGUAUCUAAAAAGCAUGUGAACUUUGAUUAGUUUUUAACACUUUUUAACAUUAACUUUUCUAUUUUAAUGAUGAAGAGAAUUAAAAAUUGGAUACUAGACCCUUUCUGUGGUCUAAUGAACUAAACCUCCUUUCCUACUUGAAUUUCCAUUUCCAAUCUCAUUUUACAAAUCUCUGGUGUAAAUUUAAUGUUUGUAUGGCAUUUCUUAUGUGCUGAAUAAUGAUAACACUGCCCUGAGAAGAGCAUGUUGCUGGCCAUCUUCUGGAAAGAAUGUUUUCCUGCAGAGGAUGAACUUUAGUUGCGCCUUUCUGGGGUGGGUUCCUUUUAAUCAUAUUUAGGCAUCCUAAAGAAAUAAUUUUUUUUUCCUUUUUCUUUUUGCAAGCUGGAUUACCUUUGACACAAAUGGCACCUUGUGGACCUCAAGCUAUGUAGUGUUUCUACCUCACAUGGUCUUCUGUGUGAAUAAAAGUGAGGCUGUUUUGGAAGUUGCUUAAAAAAAUACUUCAAGCCUUUGUUGUAAGUGGAGACAAAACAUCCCUGCAAAGCAUUGGAAAUUGAUGGGUAUUUUGUGUCAUUGUUGCUUUAUGUGCAACUGCAAACUGAUUUAUACAUAUAAAAGUGAACUUUACAUUAUUUCUUAAAUGUUUUGAAAUGUAAUUUUUACUGACAUGUUUUGAAAUCAGUGCAUUCACUGAGGUAUGACUAAUGAAGCAUCUAUGUACUGGAACUCAGAAUGGAGUUUCCUGUCUUUAUUAUCCUGAAGUAGUCUUCAGCUGUCUAAGCUUGUGUGUGCUGCAAGGCCUGAGUCUAGGUGCAGUGCCAGAGGGCAGGAUAUGGGGGGGAAAUGUUAAAAGGAGCUACUAUUGUAUGUUACAUCUUUAAAAUAAAACUGUGUAAAAACAAAA